UGUAAACUUACGCCACAGUCAGCGAGGUCUCGGCGUGAAUUGUUAAGAUGGAUGGUGGUUGCACGAGGAAGUCACUGAGGCAAAUACCGUGACUUGCGAUAUAUAUAUUGUGCGAAAGUUGAGUAUUAGGCCUAUAAAUUGUAAUAGAUUGUAAAGAGUUGUAACGAUGAUUUGCGGGAUCAAAAGACACAGUGAGUUUACAACAACAACAACACAACCAGCAAAAAGAAUUUGCUGUGGUCCUUCUGAGGAAGCUAGGACACUGCAGCAUCACCAUAACAACAUCUCUGUCCAGAAGCUGACAUCUGCCUCACUCAUAACAUCUGUGGAACUGACAAGACAGCUUGAUUCCUCCCCUGGCCUGAUGGAAAACACUUGUGUGAAGCCAGCGGUAGCAAUGGACACAGGUGAGGAUUGUACUGUAUAUCCUGACUCUGUCCUGACAAGUCCAUUCUGUGCCUCAACUUCCAUCAGAUGUCACCGCUGUGAAGCUGGAGAACCGGGGCAUAUAAAGCACAUUAUUCAGUGAAAACUCAACCGUCAUACAUUUUUCACUUGAAAAACAGGACCUCUGAAGUAUGUGUGACAUUCAGAGUGUGGAGAGAAGCAAGGAAUAAAAUUAAUAGAUUUCUAUGAGACACACAAGAGCGGAAUCCCCCAGGAUGUGAUAUUUCUCUGGAAGCAUUUUUUACACCGUCAUAUGGAGGGGUUGAUAUUGAACUGUAAACAGAUUACUUCAUCUGAACACUACAUGGACAUUUCCAGUAUGCCACAUGACAGGUUUUCUGGUGUGCAGCUACUCGCAUUUAAAGCAUCUUCAUGUGUUUAUGUGCCUGAAGUGUCUCUAUAAAAGAUCUCGUGUUUUAUCCAUUUAUUAUUUAAUUCAUUUAUUUACAAUUUGUGUACACAUUUAACAUCCCCAUCAAUGAAACAUGUGUAAAUAGGAACUUUCUAAAAGUUUUGCACCAAUUUUAUCUUAUGAAGUUUGAUGCGAUUCCCUCACGUCUUGACUUUUUUCAAGUGUGAUAGAUGUAUGUGAUGCUUAUUCAUAUAGGUCUGUUAUGUGUGUGUGUUUUACAAAUUUCAAAACACACAACAAUCUUCAUCCCAUCUUCCUAUAUACUGAAAGAAAUGUGUCUUGAUUAAAUGCUUUAUUGAAACAUGAUUGGAAUCUCUAUUUACUUAAAUAAUAUUAGAGAUACAUGUAUGUGAAGCAGUUUUCUAGUAUGCAUCUUCAAAAAAAUUUUUGUCUUUAAAAGAUAUCUUCAGAAAAUUUCAUGUUUUUAAUUUGUAGCUUUUAUUGCUUAUUGAUCAAUCAUUAUCCAUUAAGAUUUUUAUGUCACCAAAUUAUGUUACAGAUGCUUUAUCAAUAACCAUGUAUCAUUAUGUCAUGUAGUUUCACUUCAUUAAAUUAUGAAAUAGAAAAGUCAGUCAGCCUUAUGAUUGUUUUUAUAACGACGUGUGUAACAAAGGUAGUAUUUUUUUGUAGUAAGAGGUCAGGAUACAUAUCUAUUCAUUUAUUUAUUUGAUAAAUGUUUAGAAUUGUUCAGUUAUUAUAUGACAGCAGUCAGGUGUUUGGUUGGAUCAGCUCAUCCCUGUUGGAAAGAUAAAUGGACUGAUUUGGCAUUGGAAAAUAGUAAUAUUCAAAACUGUGUAUAUUGUCAAAUAAAGGCAGA